CAGGGCCUCAACGCGCAGCUCUACUACCGCAACAAGGACCCGCGCGAGUACAUCUCCCUCGUCCCGACGUCAGCACACACGGGCGAAGGGGUGGCCGACAUCCUGAUGAACCUCGUGGGCAUGACGCAAAAGAUGUUUGUGGACCGCAUCAUGUGGACGCCGAUGGUGCAGUGCACCGUACUCGAGGUCAAGGUGAUCGAGGGGCUCGGCGCGACCGCCGACGUGAUCCUCGCCAACGGCACUCUCAAGCGCGGGGACCGGAUCGUCAUGUGCGGCUUUGGCGGGCCGGUCGUCACGCGCGUGCGCGACCUGCUCACGCCUCGCCCGCUGCGCGAGCUGCGCAUCGACGGCGCCGCCGGCAUCAAGAUCUGCGCCAACCACCUCGAGAACGUCGUGGCGGGCUCCGCCUGCCUCGUCCCGUUCAAGGACGUGCCGUACGACCUCGAGGCGCUCAAGCAGGACGCGACGGGCUCGUCUUCUUUUCUUUCUUCCAGCCUGAACGGCGGGCUCGGCGUCUACGCGAUGGCGUCGACCCUCGGCUCGCUCGAGGCGCGGCUCGGGCUCCGUACCGCACCUCCAGAGUACCGAACCCAGUGUGGGUUCAGUCCCAUCCCCGUCUCCGCGGUCAACAUCGGGCCCAUCCACAAGAAGGACGUCAUCAAGGCGUCCAUCAUGCACGAGUUCAAGCCCGAGUACGCCACCAUCCUCGCCUUCGACGUGCCGCUCACAAAGGAGGGCGAGCUGCAGGCCAAGGAGUCGCAGGUCAAGGUCUUCACCGCCGAGAUCAUCUACCACCUGUUCGACCAGUUCACAAAGUACAUGGCGGACGUGCGGCUCGAGCAGCAGGCAAAGGCGGCGACCACCGCCGUCUACCCCGCCAUCUGCAAGGUCUCGUCGCCCGACCACGUCUGGUGCCGCGGCGGGGGAGGGGACCCGAUCUUGCUGGGGCUGGCGGUGCAGGAGGGGACCCUCAAGAAGGGCACGCCGCUCUGCGCCUACCUCGACAUCGGGCGCGUCGUCUCGAUGGAGCCCGAGAAGGGGAAGCAGGUGGACGUCCUCAAGGCGGGCAAGUCUGCCGCGGUCAAGAUCGACGCCGUCACGUCGAUCCAGUACGGCCGGCAGUUCGACCACACCUACCCGCUGUACGCGCGCGUGACGCGCCGCUCCAUCGACGCGAUCAAGGAGCUCUUCAAGGAGGGCGGAAGAGCUGGUGUGAACGGCGUCUCUUCACACUCACUGCUGUGA